ACCAUCAGAUUUUGGUGCAGCAGCGUGUGAUCAGUCAGUUUUACUGAUUCUAAAACUAACUGUGGGACAGAAAGCUGCUGUCUGAUUGGCUGCUUCAGCUCCUCAGUGGUCUGAGGUUCACCAUGAUGAUAACACACCUGCACACCUGUCAUUACACAUCACACACACACACACACACACACACACACACACACACACACACACAGAGGAUAUUGGAAGUUCAGAUCAUGUUGACAUAAAAGUCAGCUGAUAACUAAGCGUGUACGUGUGUGUUUGGUUGUGUGUUUGUGUGUCCUCAUCAUCCUCUCAGCAGGUGACCGACAGGUGCACCAUGGCAACGCUGUCUAUGGAGACACACACACAAGCAACAGGCCACACCUAAUGCAGUGCUGGUGGGACUCUGAUGGUCUCAGAUGAGGUCUGAACUGAUUCCUGAUGUGGAUCACACACUGGUUCAUCUGGUUUGACCUUCGUCCUGCGUCCUUUUGACCCGUGGGACGCAGAGGACGGAGUUCUCUCGUCUGUCUCACAGAGCUCCGGUCUGCGGACGAUGAAGAGUUGGACUGGUGAGCGCUGCAGACUGACAGAUCCUCGCAGAGCUCUCAGGAACUUGUGAAGACUCGAAUUUAUCAAAACAUCUGACAUCAUCAGCUUUAGUCAGCUCACCACAAUGACUCAUCUGACUCAUGUCUCUGCAGCCUCACGUCCAACCUGCUCCAUCUCUGUCUGAGACACCAGUGAGGACGUCUGCUGGUGGGGACUCUCAGUCCUGCAGGUCCUGGUUCUUCUCAGUGCUGCAUCAGAGACAACUGGACUUGUUAUUUCAGCUCACAUCAGAGCGACUUCUUCACUUCAGCUUGGACAGUUUAUGGUGAUAAGACAGACCUCUCCGCUGUCUUUACUACAGUGGACAUGUGAGGACAUCAUGAGACACACUGAGUCGUCCUCAGGUGAGUUCAGGUGCAGUUGUCGUGUGACUCAUCAAAAACCACAGAGACUCUGCAGUGACUCCACUGGAUCCUUCAUAUUUGAGACAUCUGUCCACACUUCAGACUGAAGGACACCACAGAGGACAGCUGGGGUUCACAGUGUCCUCAGUGUGGUUUCUGAGGACGAUUCAUUGAUCAGUUGAUUGAUCAUCGUUGGAUCUUUUGAAGAUGUUCACUUUGGACUCGGAGAGGACUUCAGAGAGGUGAGUCAAAGACAACUGGACCUCACUGAGACAAUGUGGGACAAUGUGGGGCAUAUUGAGACAUAUUGAGAAAUAGUGGGAUAUAGUGGGACACACUGGGACAUUGUAAAAGCAAAUUUUGCUGUUUUUUAACAGUUUAAAAAUGUAGCAAAGCUCGGCUGCUGACGUGUUAAAGACAGAAAACGUUGAUCCUUUAACGUCACAUUUUUAAACGCCAGCGGCCUCCAUUGUUCUUUCUCUUCUUCUUCUACUCCUGAAAUACACAACCGCACUGCAUUGUGGUACCGGAGAGUAAACUGUAGGGUGCAUGGUAUGUAUGCUCAGAUUUGCUAUGCAUUGUGGGUAUUUUAUGAUCCACUGAGAGCUGGAACACGACGACAAACCGGCGAACACGCCGCUCAGCACUCUGUGUGUGUGCCAAAGAACGGUUCCCAACAUAGCUACUGCUCACAAAUUUUCCAAAACUUUUCCAGGCCUGGAAAACAGUUUUUCUAACUCCAUAACUUUUGCAGGAGUUUGGUGAACGUGGGCAUACGGUGUAUCAGCUGACUGGUUGGUGAUGAAGGUCCUGGCUAGCUGAAGGAUCAGGUUUGACCUUUGACCUGGAGAAAGCACGGUAAGAUAAUCCCCAGCUUUUACUCUGAAAGUCUGAGACCUGAGCUGAGGAGGAAGUCAAUGAUCUGCUGAGUCAGACGGUUACAGCUUAUCCGCUGAUUGCUCCAUUGCCACGGAGACGGCUGAAAGCUGAGUCAUGUGAUCAGAUGGCGAUCUCGACAUGUUCCGCCUCCUGCUGCUUCUCUUGAGUCUGUCUGACCCGUGAUGUCACACUUCCUCUGUCUGAAGAUGGCGGCCGGUCUGAGGACGCUGUACGGCGCUCUGAUGGUUCUAUCGGGUGUGGUGUCCGUCUGUGGGAACCUCCUCCUUCUGCUGGUGCUCCUCCUCAACAGGGAGCUCCGCUCUGACACACUGGGCCUCACCGUGAGCUUCGGCAUUAGCGACCUGGCGCUCGGACUCUCCACCAUCCCCUUCGGUGCCUACAACAGCCUGGCCCCAGCCUCCUGCUGCUCCGGCGAGGGCGCCGUGUGUCAGGGCAGCGGCUUUGUCUUCGUGCUCCUGCAGACCUCCUCCAUGCACUCGCUCACCUGGGCCGCCGCUGACAGAUUCACCGAGAUCUGCUUCGCCCUCAGCUACCGCCGCCUGUGGACGGCGGGGCGGAGCCGAGCGGUGCUGGGUGUGCUGUGGUUGUUCUGCCUGCUGCACGCCGCCCUGCCGCUGCUGGGCUUCGGACGCUACGUCUACAGUGAGUCGCGGUUCCUGUGUUGCCCGAGCUUCACGCCGGACAACAGGUGGUCCGUAGCGCUGUGGAUGUCAUCGGGUGUCGUGGUGCCGAUCCUCGCCAUGUGCUCUCUGUACGGAUACAUUGUCUACGUGGCGAGGAAACAGGCGAGGAGGGGGACGUUCAUGUGCAACGAGCUGCACUGCUACUACGUUCCUGCCAACAACUACCUGAGGAGCUCCAUCGUCAUGGUCACAACUUCAGUGUGUCUGCUAGUGUGCUGGCUGCCCUUUGUCUCCGUCUGUCUCUACGAGACGUUCAGCGGUCAGCAGAGUCCGGCUCUAAGCUCCGCCCUCUCUGCGUGGCUCGCUCUGACCAGCUCUGCCCUCAACCCCUGGAUAACCUGCAUGAUGCAGACCAGGUACAGGGCGGCGGUGCGCCGCAGCAUCCGCAGGGUCAUCCAGGUGUGUUUAUGUUCUGAGACGCCACUGGAGUCCCGCCCCCAGAGCUCCGCCCUCCACCUGGACGCAACCAAUCAUAUCAGCACAACCACGACCACAGCGGCAACACGCCCACCGCCAUCACUGAAAACAACGACACCAACGUGAUCACAGAACAUCAAAACAUCACCAUCAUCACAAAACAC